GCUGCUCAGCAGAAAAACACGGAAGCUGAUCGGCACGCAGCUCCUCUGCACACUGAAGCUAAAGCAAAUCCCGGGCUCUUUAACCCGGGUUUAAUCCUUUUCUCGGGAUAUUUUAAUGUCUCAUCCGACCCGGGAGGCUCACCGAAGUUAAGCGCAGGCGGCAGCUGAAGCGGGUGAGCGGAAACACGCUCUCAUCAUGUCCGUCAUCAUCCACACCCGCGGAGAGGUGGGCGGUGGCGUCGCGGCUCACCUACGCUGCUCCUACUGCGGCCACUUGUCCAAGAGCCACGCCCACCAGCUGUCCCACAUCGCGGCGUCACACCCCGCCCACCUGGACAACGUGGCGUUCGGUCGCCUCGGCAACAUCCUGAUCUACCAGAGCACAGCGCGGCUGUUCCACUGCGCCGACUGCUUCUACACGACACGCGACUUCACCAAGCUCUACACGCACAUCAUCACCACGCACUGUCUGCACGAGAGGGACGCACACAAGGACAAGCUGGGCGGAGACAAUGAGAAGAUGGAGGACAAAGGUGAGGAGGAGAAGAUGGAGGUCAAAGGUAAAGACGAGAAGAUGGAGGUCAAAGGUAAAGACGAGAAGAUGGAGGACAAAGGUGAGGAGGAGAAGAUGGAGGUCAAAGGUAAAGACGAGAAGAUGGAGGACAAAGGUAAAGACGAGAAGAUGGAGGACAAGGGUGAAGAUUUGAAGGAGAAGGCUGAUGAGACACAUGAGGAAGAUGGCGCCCCCCAGAGGCAGCAGGUGGCCAAACCGGACCUUGAAGCCAGAGACAGUGUCCUGAUGUUUGACGGAGCCUUCUAUCACUGUCUGUUCUGUGACUUCAGGAACAAGAUGAAAGUCCUGGGUCUCAACCAUGUGGUCAAGAAACACGCCGUCCCCAAGACCUACGCCAUCCAGGCCAUCAGGCGCAGCGCCGACGCCACGCCCAGACUGACGGUGAGCGGCGGCGGCGAUGAGGAGGAGGCGCUCGCCAAGGUGGUGAGCUUCAUCUCCAACCGCUACGUGUGUCAGAUCUGUGGCUGGAAAAACAAGCUGAAAGGGUUCGUCAUCAGUCACGUGGGGCGGAGUCACAGCGUGGAUCACCCGUACCGGUGCACAGACUGCAGCUGCAGCUUCUUUCUGCCCAGUCGCCUGCAGCAGCACGUCAGCUCCGCCCACCGGCCCGGCAGGUACGCCUGCCCCUUCUGCUGCUUCAGGUCCCAGCACCUGGGAGGCUUACGGAGACACUGCAGCCGCUGCAAUGCCCGAGAGGAGGAGGAGCUGCAGGAGGGAGGAGCAGCAGCAGGGAGGAGAGGGGAGGACGAGGAGGGGGAGGAGAUUGAAGAGGAGGCGGAGGAGGGGGUAGAGGAGAGGAAGGAGACAAGAGGGGAGAGGAAACGAAAGAGGGCGGCGAGGGCGAUACAGGAGGACGACGACGAUGACGAGUAUGACUGAAGGAAGACACAAUGUUUCCUGUCAUGUGACCUGUGAUGUCAUCCUUUAUUUUACACCACCUUUACAUUUUUACUCGUCAUCACAUUUGUCUGUUAAAGUUUUUUAAAUAAAGUUUGUUACGUCAA